CACAUUUGAACAGUCAUUCUUGAGGAAUACUCCAUACCUGAGUGGACAGCCAUGUGGCCAUCGCAGCUACUAAUUUUAUGCAUGCUUUUAGCUCCAAUAAUUCAUGGUGGCAAGCACAGUGAACGACAUCCAGCCCUUGCUGCUCCAUUGCGACACGCUGAGCGCAGCCCAGGAGGCGCUCUUCCACCCAGACAUCUACUUCAGCAGCCAGCUGCAGAGCGCACCGCCGCUCAUCGUGGACAAGGGCCCCGUGGAGCUACCAGAGGAGUUCGUGGUCCAGGUGCCCAAGGAGCACAGAUUGCAGCCCAAGCUUUCAGCCGUGCCCCAAUUCCGAUGGCUGUGGUCCGCAGAGAGCUAUCCUGUGAGAGCUAUCCUAUAGAGCUCCGCUGUCCAGGAACAGAUGUCAUCAUGAUAGAAAGUGCGAACUAUGGCAGGACUGAUGACAAAAUUUGUGACUCUGACCCUGCUCAGAUGGAGAAUAUCCGAUGUUAUCUGCCAGAUGCCUAUAAGAUUAUGUCUCAAAGAUGCAAUAACAGAACCCAGUGUGCAGUGGUGGCAGGUCCUGAUGUUUUUCCAGACCCGUGUCCAGGAACCUAUAAAUACCUUGAAGUGCAGUAUGAAUGUGUCCCUUACAAAGUGGAACAAAAAGUUUUUCUUUGUCCUGGACUACUAAAAGGAGUAUACCAGAGUGAACAUUUGUUUGAGUCUGACCACCAAUCUGGGGCGUGGUGUAAAGACCCUCUGCAGGCAUCUGACAAGAUUUAUUAUAUGCCCUGGACUCCCUACAGAACUGAUACCCUGACUGAGUAUUCAUCCAAGGAUGACUUCAUUGCUGGAAGACCAACUACAACCUACAAGCUCCCUCAUAGGGUGGAUGGCACAGGAUUUGUAGUGUAUGAUGGAGCUUUGUUCUUCAACAAAGAGCGCACCAGGAACAUAGUAAAGUUUGAUUUGCGGACUAGAAUAAAGAGUGGAGAGGCUAUCAUAGCAAAUGCCAAUUACCAUGAUACCUCCCCUUACCGAUGGGGAGGCAAAUCUGACAUAGACCUGGCAGUAGAUGAGAAUGGGCUGUGGGUAAUCUAUGCAACAGAACAAAACAACGGUAAAAUUGUCAUUAGUCAGUUGAACCCUUACACCCUACGGAUCGAAGGAACAUGGGAUACUGCAUAUGAUAAAAGGUCAGCUUCCAAUGCCUUUAUGAUUUGUGGAAUUCUGUAUGUGGUCAAAUCUGUAUAUGAGGAUGAUGACAAUGAGGCCACUGGAAAUAAGAUUGACUACAUUUACAACACUGACCAAAGCAAGGAUAAUUUGGUGGAUGUACCCUUUCCCAAUUCAUACCAGUACAUUGCAGCUGUGGAUUACAACCCCAGGGACAACCUGCUUUAUGUAUGGAAUAACUAUCAUGUCGUGAAAUAUUCUUUGGAUUUUGGACCGCUGGAUAGUAGAUCAGGGCAGGCACAUCAUGGACAAGUUUCAUACAUUUCUCCACCAAUUCAUCUUGACUCUGAGCUAGAAAGACCCUCUGUUAAAGAUAUCUCUACCACAGGACCCCUUGGCAUGGGAAGCACGACCACCAGUACCACCCUUCGGACCACAACUUUGAGCCCAGGAAGGAGUACCACCCCGUCAGUGUCAGGAAGAAGAAACCGGAGUACUAGCACCCCAUCUCCAGCUGUUGAGGUGCUUGAUGACAUGACCACACACCUUCCAUCAGCAUCGUCCCAAAUCCCAGCUCUCGAAGAGAGCUGUGAGCCUGUGGAAGCCCGAGAAAUCAUGUGGUUUAAGACCCGUCAAGGACAGAUAGCAAAGCAGCCAUGCCCUGCAGGAACUAUAGGUGUAUCAACUUAUCUAUGCCUUGCUCCUGAUGGAAUUUGGGAUCCCCAAGGACCAGAUCUCAGCAACUGUUCUUCUCCUUGGGUCAAUCAUAUAACACAGAAGUUGAAAUCUGGUGAGACAGCUGCCAACAUUGCUAGAGAGCUGGCUGAACAGACAAGAAAUCACUUGAAUGCUGGGGACAUCAGCUACUCUGUCCGGGCCAUGGAUCAGCUGGUAGGCCUCCUAGAUGUACAACUUCGGAACUUGACCCCAGGUGGAAAAGAUAGCGCUGCCCGGAGUUUGAACAAGCUUCAGAAAAGAGAGCGCUCUUGCAGAGCCUAUGUCCAGGCAAUGGUCGAGACAGUUAACAACCUCCUUCAGCCACAAGCUUUGAAUGCGUGGAGAGACCUGACUAUAAGUGAUCAGCUACGUGCGGCCACCAUGUUGCUUCAUACUGUGGAGGAAAGUGCUUUUGUGCUGGCUGAUAACCUUUUGAAGACUGACAUUGUCAGGGAGAAUACAGACAAUAUUAAAUUGGAAGUUGCAAGACUGAGCACAGAAGGAAACUUAGAAGACCUAAAAUUUCCAGAAAACAUGGGCCAUGGAAGCACUAUCCAGCUGUCUGCAAAUACUUUAAAGCAAAAUGGCCGAAAUGGAGAGAUCAGAGUGGCCUUUGUCCUGUAUAACAACUUGGGUCCUUAUUUGUCCACGGAGAAUGCCAGUAUGAAGUUGGGAACGGAAGCUUUGUCCACAAAUCAUUCUGUUAUUGUCAAUUCUCCUGUUAUUACGGCAGCAAUAAACAAAGAGUUCAGUAACAAGGUUUAUUUGGCUGAUCCUGUGGUGUUUACUGUUAAACAUAUCAAGCAGUCAGAGGAAAAUUUCAACCCUAACUGUUCAUUUUGGAGCUACUCCAAGCGUACAAUGACAGGUUAUUGGUCAACACAAGGCUGUCGGCUCCUGACAACAAAUAAGACACAUACUACAUGCUCUUGUAACCACCUAACAAAUUUUGCAGUACUGAUGGCACAUGUGGAAGUUAAGCACAGUGAUGCGGUCCAUGACCUCCUUCUGGAUGUGAUCACGUGGGUUGGAAUUUUGCUGUCGCUUGUUUGUCUCCUGAUUUGCAUCUUCACAUUUUGCUUUUUCCGCGGGCUCCAGAGUGACCGUAACACCAUCCACAAGAACCUUUGCAUCAGUCUCUUUGUAGCAGAGCUGCUCUUCCUGAUUGGGAUCAACCGAACCGACCAACCAAUUGCCUGUGCUGUUUUCGCUGCCCUCUUACAUUUCUUCUUCUUGGCUGCCUUCACUUGGAUGUUCCUGGAGGGGGUGCAGCUUUAUAUCAUGCUGGUGGAGGUUUUUGAGAGUGAACAUUCACGUAGGAAAUACUUUUAUCUGGUCGGCUAUGGGAUGCCUGCACUCAUUGUGGCUGUGUCAGCUGCAGUAGACUACAGGAGUUAUGGAACAGAUAAAGUAUGUUGGCUCCGACUUGACACCUACUUCAUUUGGAGUUUUAUAGGACCAGCAACCUUGAUAAUUAUGCUUAAUGUAAUCUUCCUUGGGAUUGCUUUAUAUAAAAUGUUUCAUCAUACUGCUAUACUGAAACCUGAAUCAGGCUGUCUUGAUAACAUCAACUAUGAGGAUAACAGACCCUUCAUCAAGUCAUGGGUUAUAGGUGCAAUAGCUCUUCUCUGCCUAUUAGGAUUGACCUGGGCCUUUGGACUCAUGUAUAUUAAUGAAAGCACAGUCAUCAUGGCGUAUCUCUUCACCAUUUUCAAUUCUCUACAGGGAAUGUUUAUAUUUAUUUUCCAUUGUGUCCUACAGAAGAAGGUACGAAAAGAGUAUGGGAAAUGCCUGCGAACACAUUGCUGUAGUGGCAAAAGUACAGAGAGUUCCAUUGGUUCAGGGAAAACAUCUGGUUCUCGAACUCCUGGACGCUACUCCACAGGCUCACAGAGCCGAAUCCGUAGAAUGUGGAAUGACACGGUUCGAAAGCAGUCAGAGUCUUCCUUUAUUACUGGAGACAUAAACAGUUCAGCGUCACUCAACAGAGGGUCCUAUCUUCCCUGCAUUCAGGCGUGUGUAUCAUAUUUAGGAGCCAUGGCUAAUCAUCUUAUAAGCAAUGCUCUGCUUCGUCCGCAUGGUACUAACAAUCCCUAUAAUACAUUGCUUGGGGAACCGGCGGUCUGUAACAACCCUUCUGUCAGCAUGUACAACGCACAAGAGCCCUACAGAGAGACAAAGGGGCUUCUGAACAAUGCCAGGGAUACAAGUGUCAUGGAUACUCUACCACUGAAUGGUAACCAUGGCAAUAGUUACAGCAUUGCCAGCGGCGAAUACCUGAGCAACUGUGUGCAAAUCAUAGACCGUGGCUAUAACCAUAACGAGACCGCCUUAGAGAAAAAGAUUCUGAAGGAACUCACUUCCAACUAUAUCCCUUCUUACCUGAACAACCACGAGCGCUCCAGCGAACAGAACAGGAAUCUGAUGAACAAGCUGGUGAAUAACCUUGGCAGUGGAAGGGAAGAAGAUGCCAUUGUCCUGGAUGAUGCCUCCUCGUUUAACCACGAGGAGAGUUUGGGCCUGGAACUCAUUCAUGAGGAAUCUGAUGCUCCUUUGCUGCCUCCAAGAGUAUACUCCACCGAGAACCACCAGCCACACCACUAUACCAGAAGGCGGAUCCCCCAAGACCACAGUGAGAGCUUUUUCCCUUUGCUAACCAACGAGCACACAGAAGAUCUCCAGUCACCCCAUAGAGACUCUCUCUAUACCAGCAUGCCGACACUGGCUGGUGUGGCCGCCACAGAGAGUGUUACCACCAGCACCCAGACCGAACCCCCACCGGCCAAAUGUGGUGAUGUCGAAGAUGUUUACUACAAAAGCAUGCCAAACCUAGGCUCCAGAAACCACGUCCAUCAGCUGCAUACUUACUACCAGCUAGGUCGCGGCAGCAGUGAUGGAUUUAUAGUUCCUCCAAACAAAGAUGGGACCCCUCCUGAGGGAAGUUCAAAAGGACCUGCUCAUUUGGUCACUAGUCUAUAGAAGAUGAGACAGAAAUUGAAACCAACAAAACUGCUAACAUCUUGUUGACUGUUCUGAGUUGAUAUAAGCAGUGGUAAUAAUGUGUGUACUCCUAAAUCUUUAUGCUGUCCUCAAAAGACAAACACAAACUCUCAGACUUUUUUUUUUUUUUUAAAUGGGAUUUUUAGGUCAGCCCAGGGGAGAAAGAUAACUGCUAAAAUUCUCCUGUACCCCAUCCUUUCUUGUCCUUUCCCCUUCAGAUGGAGACUUCAUUAUGUUAAUGAACAAGAUAUGAAGAAAAUGGCACUCAUUGUGGCCUUGUUGAAUUACGUUGUGUCUGUAUUAACAUCUCUGAUGCUCUGUUACUAAAAUUACAAGGACCUGCUUUUUAAAAGGCCAGAACAGUUGUCUGAAAUUAGUAACAAUGCUGCAUCUAGAUUGGAGUGCUGCACAAGCAAACAUAAAAGCAAAGCAAAACUGUAUCACAUAGGGUUUUCGGUCACUCACAACCUGAAUUCACCACAACUGCAAUAGCUGUGGAAAACAAAAUAAAACAACAAAAUUAAUAAUGAAAUGGAGGGGAAUUCUAGAAUUAUAUGCUAAAUGCAUAUUUUAUGAUUUGCUGUAUUAACUGAUGAUAAAACUAAUGGCAGAAAAAAGUUGAACAAUUUCUAUGUAAUGUACAGAUACUAGCAUUGCACAUAUAGUCUGCUUUCUGUUCCUCCAGAAUUUGAGUCCUGUUAAUGUAGUAGAAAAAAAAAAAAAUUCUUUUUCUUUUGUGCUGGUCUUGCAAGUUUGUCUACCAGUAAGAGAGCAAAGUUUCCUUCCUUUCUUCUCUUUCUUCAUUUUCUUUCUUUUUUUCUUUUUCGCCUUUUUUUCCUUUAAAAUUUCGCCUGGCAAAAAAUAAAUAAAUGAAACUAUCACUUUAUAAGAAUCAUUUUCUAGUAAUGCAAACAAAUUAUUUUUUACAAAAAAAUAAAAUAAAUAAAAUUAGACUUCCUUCCCUCACUAUAUAUCUUUAUGCAGUGAGAAUAUUUCCAACAGUGUUUUUUGCAAACUAGAGCAGGACAAACUUUUAUGUUUACAGGGCACAUCUGUUGUAAUGCAAAGCAUAUUUGGCAAGCAGUUCAUCACCAGGACACUAGCUAUGAUUCUAGAAGUCAAAAGGUGUCUAUAGAACUAGUGGGACUUCUGCAUGUGAAAACGGUUUUCCAUAGGCAUUAAAGUGCUGAAUGCUCAGUCUGAUCCCCAAGUGGGCACCUGCACUACCGAUUUUUAGAGGAAAUUCACUCCCUCGUAGUAAGAAUUGAAAGGUCAAAUUAUUUUGAAGUGAUUUUUUUAAAAAAAAUCUUCUGUUUAUUAACAGGAAAAUUUAUUUAUUUGACAGGAUUUUGAGUAAUGUAGGAAUACAAAAGGUAAAUUAGCAGCACAUAUAAUUUUUUUUUUAAUUUAUGAUCCAUUUUGUAUGGUCUCAAAGUUGGAUGACCUCAUUACUAAUAUUUGUUGUAAAAGUGAAACUUGUUUGCCAACCAAUAAACAACUGAUUGAGAUUUAGAAGAUAUUGUAUUGAUGUAUGUACUAUAUGAUUAAUUAGUCUUUUUAUUUUUCUCGCCUUUCUUUCCUUCUGUUUUCAAUACAUAAACUUUGCUAAUCCUCCAUGGCCCAAAUGAGCCAUGCAAAAGAAAUCACUCUGCCUAGAUGAAUAAGCUAAGCACAAAAUCUUACAGGUUUGCAGACAAAGUAAACCAGAAAAAUGGAAUGGGCAUGUUUAUUUUGGCUGAAAUCAGAUGCAUCACUUAAUUUUGAGCAGGUUAACAUAUAUGUUACUAUUUACUAUCUAAAACCAGGUGCAGUCACUAUGCUUACCUUUAAAAAUAGAUUCAAUCAGAGAUAUAAAUAUCAAAUUUGGGGUCUGGGUUAGUCAUAUUUUUUUCCUCCUUUGUACAUUCCAUUUUGACGUUAGAAAUUCAAAUUUCCUGAAUUUGCUAAAAGCUGCAAAGAGAAUAUUCAUUUUAUAAAGAUAUAAUAAGACUUUUAUUGUGCUUUUUUUCUUAUUCUAUGUGAUGGAAAUAGGAAAAGAUAAAGAAGUUCUUUCCAAGAAAUUUUCUAGAUCUCUCAUUACUGCAGAUCCUUUAUAGCAAUGUCCAGGUACAGAUCCCCUGUUAGGGCAAAGCUAAACGGAAUCUGCCAAAUUAUAAUUUCUCCUGUGGCUUGUUUUAUCUUGGGAUUUCCUUUUUCAAAAAUCUAAACACUAUCCAUCUAUAAAUGACUAUCUUAAACCAAGUUUAGAGAAUGGCCAAUAAUCUGUAUAUAGUUUAUAAAUACAUGACAAAAAAAUUUCUGCUGGGCCAGAGUGCAUCAUAACCUUCACAUUCUCAAAAUAUUUUAUGUAUCAUUCCUUUUUAGUCAAUUGGCAUGAAUAUUUUUUAAGUCUACAGAUUUUAUGUUGGAGGAGAAUGACAAGCAUUAAUGGUAAUUCGGUUUUCUCACACCACACUAUGGCAAUAUUAGCACGUCCAAGGCGUUUAACCCACCUGAUACGUAGAAUACAUUUGGCAAUAAAAGAAUCCUUUUUAGAUGUCUUUAUGGUAACUUCAGAAACACAAAUGUGGUCUGUGGAUUAUGAGCACUUAUGCUUGUUUUGUCAAACAGUAACCUACAUGAAAGUAUCUCUGUCAGUAAGAAGCUGGUUUCACAGAAAAAUGGGGAAACUACCUCAAUUCAGCUUGCUGAUUUUCUGACAUUGCUACCUCCCUGCCCAUUAUUUUUGUGUUUCUAUAUGGAAAAUUGAAGCAGGUAGCCUCUCAAGUUCUACAUAGACCAAGUUGAAGAAAGAUCACUUGAAUACAUAAACUGGUGCAGAAGAACAUUCAGCAUAUAAAGUUACUACCACGCUCUUGCAUCAAGAAAAAAGAGUGAGAUUUUUGAACUCUAUACAUCAUAAAUGGCAUGCUUUCAGAGAGACUUAAGAUCCCAAAGAUUAUAACAGAGAGAGAUUUCCCCUGCAAGUUUUAUGUAACCAUAAUAAAAAAUUAAAGUGGAUAAAGGAACUAAUUUUACAUACAUUUCAAUAGAAAUUUGCAUAUAUCUAACGUAUUCAUUUUGCCCUGUUUACACUAGCAAGGGUUGAAUUCCUGAACUUGAAUCUUCUUCAUAUACAUUUUCUUAUAGAGCUGUUGAUGAUUAAUGAUUUUUAAAUUUUUCUUUUUUCUACCAUCUUUUGUGACUCAAUUUUUUUAAUAUCCUGAGACAUUUAUGAUCUGCUUGUCUGUAUAUUUUUAUGUGUUCAUCUGACUUUCCAGUAAGAAGUGAAUUUCCAUCAAACAGAUAUAGUAUAGAGCUAUAAUACAGCUUAUUUAGCCAGUUAGAAGUAAAACUUAUGCCACUGAAACAAACAAAUGUUUACUUUCUUGUCAAAUAAUAUUUUUGUAACAUUUUUAGACUUGGUUGUUUUUCCUCUUUGAAGUCUAGUUCACAUGAUACUUUAUCAGGGACACUAGCUAAUGGACCUCAUGUUCAGUUAAUUCUGAAGCUGAUGGAUUGUUGCACAGCCCCUGUUCCUAAUUGAUAAAUAUUUGUGGCAAAGUCCAAAUUUGGUGAAGGAGAAAUUGGUUGGAAUUAAAUUUUAUGGGCAUCCCUUCCUGUUUCCACUAUAUUAUAAUUAAACACACUGAAGUUAAAUAAUAAAUUACUGUGCUAAAACAAUUAUAAUAACAAAAACGAACUGACAGAACAAUUAUCUUGAAGUAACAAUAAUCAGGAAAAUACAUUAAUAAAAAGCAGGUAAGGGAAAUAUCCUUAACUUCCUGUAAAAAAAUAAUUCACAAUGCCUCUAAAUUAAGAUGUAGUUUAUCAUCUGUAUUUUAAAAUAUCCAUCAUAACUAAAAAUGUUGACAUAUUAAGGAAAGGAUCUUUAAGAUUUAGGUUUAAGAUUUUUAUCAAUAUUGAUUGGUAUGACAAAACUUUUCAUAAUAGAUAUAAGCAUACAAGGGAAUUAGUAACAUUUAUAAAGGACCCACAUAUUUAAUUUUAGGCAUUGUCUUCAGCUUCCCUGGAUCCCCAACACAUGUUGAAAUGUUAUUGUCAAGCUUGCUUACUUUAAGGAAUGACAUUAAAAACUUUGACUGACUUUCUACAUUACUGUAAAGACCAAAAGGGAGAGGAAAAAUAGUUUAUGAGUUGUCUAAAGAUCAACUCCAGACUAAUCUGUAUCAUCCCCUAAUAAUGAAGAAACAAUUUAUGUUUAUAAUUUGUCUAUCAGUACUGUACCAAAGUGCUACUGCUUGGAUUUUUCUGCUGUAUUAAAGAGAUGGGGUCUUGCUCUGUCACAAAGACUGAAGGGCAGUGGCACAAUCCCAGCUCACUGCAGCCUCAGACUCUUGGUCUCAAGUGAUCCUCCUGUCUCAGCCUCCUGAGUAGCCGUGAUUACAGGUUUGAGCCACAGCACUUAGCCUGUGAUGUAUUGUGGAGGGGAAAAAACACUACAGAACUACAAUGCAUGUCAAUUCAUUUAGAGAGUGAAAAAACCAAAAACUCAAAGUCUUAAUUUUUUAGUUUUGAGCCGAUCUGAAGAUAUUGGCAUGAAUAUCCUUUCUUCUCUAAGAAAAUUUUUGAGAUAAAAUAACAAUAUAUAUGAACUUCCCAGUAUAUUGUAGACCAAGGUGUUGAAAUUUAAUUAGUUCAUUUCUAGUGAUUCAUAAUUUUAACUUACCACAUAAACAAUUACUAUGCAUUUCUAAGUAAUGCUUUCAAUAUAGCUUAUGUUAGAUUUCUGCACAUCAUUAAAUUAGGAAGAUGGAGGCACAAAAGCAAAGCAACAACAUUGCACAAUAGAUUAUGGAAGCAUUAUUGUGCAAAUGGAUUUUACAUAAGAAGCUUUUUUGAGUUCAUAAAAUAUAUUCAAUGGAUCCCAACAUUAAAUUUAAUUUUGUAAUCAGCAAAUACGUUCUUUAUAAUAUCUGAAGAAUAUUAAACAACUAAAUUUUCAUUUGUAGGCUAGCAGAACUUAAAUGUGUUGGUAGUUGCUUCUUUCCUGAUUAGGCCAUAAGAAGAAACUUUCUUAUUUACUAAUUAACACUGAUUACACUCUCUUUGGUUUAAAAGGGAAAGUGUCACCUGUACACAUACUAACACACUCUGAUUCCACUUAUUUACAGCCUGCAGAAGAAAUAGCUUGUUUACGAUAUUUAAAACUUCGUGAUUUCUGCAAUAAAACAGGUAGUUAAUAUAGUUUUGCAUAAUGUCAUUGAAAGAUAUUGCUAUCCCUUCUUUAUUUGAAAAAAAAAAUUAAAGUCAGCAUUUCUUUCACAUCUAGCACGUCUAAGUUACUAUUCAAAUGUCUUGAUUUCAGCUAAGUUUUGAUGUUUCUUUUUCUCUUAGUAGUGUGUCAAGAGCAUUGUUCUCAUUUGAUGAUUUGUGUCCCAUUAGAGUAUUUCAAAGGUAAAUGCAAACUAAUUUUUAAGAAGAAUUGUGAAAGAACUUUGACUUACGUGAAAAAAUCAAGAAUGACUAUACAUGAACAAAUCUCUAUUGGGGUAAACAAGUCUCUUCAACUACAAUAUGAACAACAGAAGAGCAGAAAUCAACCAAGUUAGCAAACUUAUGGUGAGGUGACAGGACCUAAACUAGAGUUACAGAGAAAAGUUUCCCAGGAAAGAAUAAUGAAGUCAUUUGCAGUGAUAAAAAUCUUAUAGACUAUGCCAAAUGUUACAGGUGUAUUCCAAAAAGUAAAAUUGGAGUUUCUUAUAUUCUGAUAUUCUGCUAAUUCCACAGGAAACAGUAAAUACUUUAAACUCUCUUGAGAUGUUUCUUAUCUAGCUAUACCUUGUCUCAAGGAAACAUCAAUAUUUUAUAAAUGUUUCUUAAAUAUAAGUAUUUUGUCUCAAUUCAUCUUCACUCUCUAAUCUGCUGACUCUAUUCAACACCAACAGAGCUAAUGCUUUUAGUAGCUUUGUACUGUUUAGAGCUCUAUUAUGAAUCUUUCUAAUACAUAUGAAAUUAAUAUUAUAUUAGAAUUAUGUACAUUGUACAAAAUAAUUCAUAACCAAGCAAUAUUCAUACUAUAGAAUAAUUUAUUAUUAUAUAUAUGAAUAUUACAUUGAGACUGAACAAAUAACUACUCUGCUCCAAAUAUUACUCUCAAGUUCUCUGCCUUUAAUUAUUGUAGUCAAUUCAUAAAAUUCUACAUACAGUUUUACAUGGUGGGUUAUCAAAGUACUCCAUAAUCCAAAUGCACCUAAAAGUAUUCCCAAUGCUCCUUUCAUUCUAGAAUACUAAAGGAAAGAGUUUGAAAGAAGAGGAAAGUAAAGCAGGCUUCUAACUAUACAAUUUAAACAUGGCCAUUCAGAUUGAAUAAUUUUUAAAUGAUGAUGCUCCACUCUUUGAUCUAUAGAUGAGGUUACAAAAGAUUUACAAUUAGUUCAAAAUCAGAGGAUUUUAAAUCUUAAAGGAGUUAAGUUCAUCUCAAUGAUCCAAGACUACAAAAAUUCAUGCUAAAUUGGCAAGGAAAUAUGUUUAAAACCAAGACCUAAAAUAGCUUUCUAAGUUUAAAAAUCCCUGUGUUUCUUCUGAAUGUAAAACAGGCAAAAUGAUCCUGACUUCAAAAUGAAAUAUAUUGAUUGUUAUCAAAAGAUGUUUGGCAAAGUUAAGUCAGUAUCUUCAAUGCUUUAGCAGUAGGUAGAAGUCUUUGGGGUUGGAACUCAGGAUACAGUGACUAGGACAGAGUAUAUUCUUAGACUAAUCAGUGCCUAGUCCUCUGGAGUAUUUUUUAAUGCCCUGAAUUUCAAGUUGUCAAACUGGUUUACAUAUUGAAUGACAUUUUGAAUCAAUAAAAAUGAGAAAAAAACAUUCAAAUUUGGUUUUCAUGUCUCAUUUGAGAAUAAGGAUUUCCUUCAUCACCCUAAGUAAUAAAAACUGAUAUGUCUUGAAACGACUACAGAUAAUCAGAAUGUGUUCAUUUAUAAAGUAUCACUUGUUUGUAUAUUUUAACGCUGACCUUUGCCUGUGAACUAGAAAAUCAAGAUUUGUAGAGUCAGGUUGAUUUGCCUUCAUUUGAUUUCUGCGAAUGCAUUGGAAGUGGAUGGAUAACUUGGAAGUUUUUCCAUACUGUUUUCCGCCUUGCCAAGCAUUAAAUCUAAUUCAAAAUAUGUCUUUCUAAAAAACAAUAGUUUAUUUUUAAAACUAACAACUAAUUGUCCUAUUCCUUGUUGAUAAGAAAACUCACUUUUUAGAAACAAGUAUAGCUAUUGUGGCUUUGGUCUCCUAGGAUCCUCAUAUAUUUACACAUGGCGUUAUUCUUUUCAUAUACACCUACCAGAUUUCAAGCUAUUGGAUAUUUCCCUUGUACAACCUUUACAUCCUUUUUUUUUUCCUUAAAUGCUCUGUACAAUCACAUGUAAAGUCAUCAGCUACAAACCUCAAUAAAAAUAUCAGUAAACAAGAA